AUGAGUUAUGACAGGUAUCUGGGACCACCAGAGAGGGUUCCUAUGAGUUAUGACAGGUAUCUGGGACCACCAGAGAGGGUUCCUAUGAGUUAUGACAGGUAUCUGGGACCACCAGAGAGGGUUCCUAUGAGUUAUGACAGGUAUCUGGGACCACCAGAGAGGGUUCCUAUGAGUUAUGACAGGUAUCUGGGACCACCAGAGAGGGUUCCUAUGAGUUAUGACAGAUCUGUGUACGAUGACCAGCCCAAUGCCCACAAGAGGUUUAUGGAGAAGCUUGAGGUCAGGAUCCGAAACCAUGACCGAGAGAUUGAGAAGAUGUGUAACUUCCACCACCAGGGGUUUGUGGAUGCCAUCACUGAGCUGCUCAAGGUCCGCGCUGACGCAGAGAAACUGAUGGGCCAGGUUACUGACACAAACAGAAGACUGCAAGACGCUGGCAGAGAGGUGACAGCCCAAACGGAGGAGGUGAUUCGCUGUCGGAUACAGCAGAGGAACAUGGCUACCACUGUGGAGAGAAUACAGCUGUGUAUACCUGUGUUAGAAAUGUACAGUAAAUUGAAGGAGCAGCUUGAAUCUAAAAGGUACUAUGCUGCGUUGAAGACCAUGGAGCAGCUGGAGAAGGUCUCCAUCCCCCGGGUCGGCCGCUACCGCUUCUGUCAGAUCAUGGCCGAGAACCUGCCCAAGCUCAGAGAGGACAUUAAGGACAUCUCCAUGUCCGACCUCAAGGACUUCCUGGAGAGCAUCAGGAAACACUCGGACAGGAUCGGAGAGACCGCCAUGAAACAGGUACAGCAGCACAGGACCUUUAACAGUGUGGUUCAGAAGCAGGACAGUGGGAUGGGCUUCACCAAGCCAGGCUCCUCCCUGAACGGCCAGACGCCAACGCAGAACAACGGCCUCGCCGCGGAGGAGGACCAAUCAGAGGAGGAGGUGUUAACAGCCCAGGACCUGGUGGACUUCUCUCCUGUUUACAGAUGUCUCCACAUCUACACCGUUCUGGGUGACAGAGAAACCUUUGAGAACUACUACAGGAAACAGAGGAAGAAACAGGCCAGGCUGGUGCUGCAGCCUCAGUCUAACAUGCACGAGACAGUGGAGGGGUACCGGCGGUACUUCAAUCAGAUCCUAGGGUUUUUCGUGGUGGAGGAUCACAUUCUGCACGCCACACAGGGACUGGUGACCAGAGCCUUUACUGAUGAACUGUGGAACAUGGCCCUGUCGAAGAUCAUUGCCGUGCUCCGCACACACUCUUCGUACUGCAGUGAUCCUGACCUGGUGCUGGAGCUGAAGAACCUCAUUGUCAUAUUUGCAGACACAUUACAGGGUUAUGGCUUCCCAGUGAACAGACUGUUUGACCUGCUGUUUGAGAUCAGAGACCAGUACAAUGAAACGCUGCUGAAGAAAUGGGCUCUGGUCUUCAGGGAGAUCUUUGAAUUGGACAACUACAGCCCGAUCCCUGUAGAAACCGAAGAAGAGUACAAGUCUGUUAUUAGUAGAUUCCCCUUCCACGACGCAGAAAUUGAAAAGCAAGACUUUCCAAAGAAGCUGCCCAUGUCUCAGUCUGUUCCUCAGAUCUACGUCCAGGUCAAGGAGUUCAUCUAUGCCAGCCUUAAAUUCUCCGAGUCACUGCAUCGCAGCUGGACGGAGAUCGAUGACAUGCUCCGUAAAUCCACCAACCUGUUGUUGACGAGGACACUGAGUGGCUGUCUCCAGAACCUCAUCAAGAAACCCCAUAUAGGACUGACUGAGUUGGUCCAGAUCAUCAUCAACACAACCCAUCUGGAGCAGGCCUGUAAAUACCUGGAGGACUUCAUCACCAACAUCACUAACGUCUCACCUGAGACCGUGCACACCACACGCCUCUACGGCCUUUCUACCUUUAAGGAUGCACGUCAUGCAGCGGAGGGAGAGAUCUACACCAAACUGAACCAGAAGAUAGAUGAGUUUAUCCAGCUGGCAGACUAUGACUGGGGCAUGCCAGAGUCAGACGGCCAGGCCAGUGGAUACCUUAUGGACCUCAUUAACUUCCUCCGCAGCACCUUCCAGGUCUUCACACACCUGCCGGGUAAAGUGGCCCAGACAGCCUGUAUGUCAGCGUGUAAGCACCUGUCCACGUCCCUGAUGCAGAUGCCCUUGGACAGCGAGCUGAAGCAGAUCAGCAUGGGAGCCAUUCAGCAGUUCAACCUGGACGUCAUACAGUGUGAAUUGUUUGCCAGCUCAGAGCCUGUGCCAGGAUUCCAGGGGACACUUUACACUGGCAUUCAUCGACUCCGACAGGCCACACACCCUCCUCUGACCCAGGCCAGCACACCUCUGCCUCUGACCCAGGCCAGCACACCUCUCCUCUGA